CAGCAAUUCAGCCCCGGGCCAUUCCCCAGGCCAGGAGCUCCCAACACCUCGACGAAGGGCUACAGCGAAUCUACCUCUCAAAACUCUCACCGGCUUCCGUGCCUCAUUUCUUUUGCUGGAACUCCCCGGGGCUUCGCCUCCAGAUAGCCCGCCAUGCCAGAUAGCCCGCUCCCCGCGCUGGCGGACCUGCUAGGUGGGCUUGACUCGUUCCCUCCACGCCCGAACACGACGGCAAAGGAGCAGAAUGAUGCCUCAGACCCCGCUUCCGAAGACGAGGACGAGGACGAGGACGAGCUCUUUGUCAGGGUUGAUUUCGACAGCUUGAACCAGGCCAUGGAAAAGUCCCGGGCACGCAAAACACCGACAACAUCCAAGGCCACUCCUAACACGAAAACCGUCCCUCACUCCGAAACGCCGACGCCGACGCGGACCCAAACCCGCGACACGAACGAACCUCAUGGAUUUGCUGGUCGGGAUCAAGAGGUGGCGCAUACACAGCGAACUGCGGGCGAGGGGCCGGAAAUGAGUACGGAGGGUGUGGAGGAGGAUGUGGAGGAGGAUGUGGAGGAGGAUGUGGAGGAGGAUGUGGAGGACGGCCUACACCCACCUGACACUGCCGGCCGCUCGGAACCUCCCCCAAGCAGGCCUGAUUCUACCUUGAAGCGGACAGGAAUACCAUGGGACAUGCCGAAAAGCCGCAAAAGGCGACGAGGAACAGAACCAUCCAAGGGUACUACGCGACCUACGACGACAUCAUCGCAUUCGGCUCGAGCGUCUCCUAACCUGGGAUACCACCCGGCGAAUCAGCGGGACGUGGGUCCGGUUUCGGAAAGCAGGAGGGAACCGCGGGCCCCGGAGAAGCAGGUCGCCAUGGGCAACGGCGGUGUACGGAGAGGUAGGCCGGAAACGGCAUUCACCCGUCCGGAACAUGCGGACGCGUCGCUCAUCACGUCGCCCGAUCCCGGCACAUUCCCCCCCUGCACGGUCCCGGUGCCGAGCGAGAAGAUGGCACCCAUGGUGGCACUAAUGGGAACCGGGGGCUGGACCAACGCUGGGACCCAAUGGGAUACUCUUUUUUUGCAAAACCCCGACAGCUUUCUUCGAGACGACGGCGGCGGCGCAGGAUGCGCACACGGCACGAUCGACCGGUUGGGACGAUUCCUGAAGCUCAUGGCGCGUAUCUGUAGGGACAUACCCCGGCGGCCAGGAUCGCGAGAGCAGUUUACGUAUUUCGUCGACUGCGAAGCCAUUAUGCGACAGUACACCUCGUCGAUAGACAGGCUGGUCAUCCAGGUUGCGCUUGCGACCGAGGGCGAGGGCGGCCCCUCGUCGUCCUCGUCGUCCUCGUCGUGGUCGACUAGCGCGAGGCGCGGUGGGUACGCGGCGGCGGCGCUGCGUCAACGGGUCAUCCCGGCAGCGGUAUUGGUCCUGGAGCUGGUCUACCUCUCGGGCGCCGCGGCGUCGGCGGAGGGGGAUGUGGGGCCGGGGCCGCGGCUGCGGCUGCCGGUGAAAGCGUGGCACUCGCAGCAGACGCUACAGCUUCUGCGGCGGGUGCUGUCGUGGUUGGGCUGGCUCGAGGUGGCCAUGUCGGCGGCGGAGGCGGAGGCGGAGGCGGAAAAGCAGCCGCGAGGUGGGGGCGGCCAGAAGCUACCGGCGGCCAUGUUGGCACGGCGGGAACUGAAGGAGAUGAUUUGCUGUCUUAACGCGACGGUGGAGAAUGCGUACCGAACCAUCAGCCGGGACUUUUGGGGGGAUAUUCGUUUUGGCGGGGCGGUGGAAAGUAGGGGGCAGGCGGCCAAAGAACGAACAAGGAAACGAGCAAGGACAGAAGCCAAAGCGAGGCGUGCGGAGAGGCGAGUCUGGCGCAGAAAAGAGAGGCUCCAGAUGCAACGGUUCAAGGAGUCGGUGAUACAGUACACGCAAAGAAGCAGACACGACCCGGAGGAGAUGGGGGGACACGGAGACUACGAACAUGGACAGGACGGCACGGAAUCGGAAUCGGAAGCGGAAACCGAGGCAGAGGGCGGGGAGGGGCAGUCGUACCCGGAAGAAGUCAUGGGCAAGGUGCUCCGGGUGCUGCGGUACUCGCAACGACCGGACCCGAAGGCGAUGGCGUGGAGCUUUGCGUACUCCGAGGCGCACAUCUGGGACAUGAUCGGGCUGAUCCGGACGGCUGCGCGGGAUGCGGAGGAGAAGGAGGGGAGGCGGAUGCCGGAGGCGCUUCGAAGGGCGUUUACCAUAUUGUACGGCGAGUAGUGAAGUGGGAAGCGGAUGAAGAUAUCCGUGUGUGUAAUGGAUGAGUAGGGAUAAGACGGACAGGGAGGGAUAGGAGAAGCCAAGGCGUUCGUGGGAUGAUACCCGGGGAUGAUUCGGAGAAUCUAUUUGCUUAUCGCCAUUUGCCGUGUGUUUAUUGUGCUGACAGCUGACAGCUGACAGCUGACGACGAUGAUGUUAUAGCUCGUGUUGGGAGAGAUGAUGUGAGGGAGAUUGCCGCGACGCGAUGC